AUGCUGCAGAAUAAUUUUAAAGCAUUACGAAACUAUCUUCUGCAGUCGUUGAAUAUUGCUAACAAUCAUGGUAGUUUCCAAGGAGCAAGAAUAGGACAAACGAUAUAUAUAAUAGAAGAUAACACUUUCUCUAAAUUACUAGAAGCAUCGAAAAUUCUGAACAUACUAUUUGAAUGCGGCGAAAUAUUUAAUAAAGUGUUUGGAUUCGUGAUACUACUUAUAAAUAUUUCAACGGUUUUAAUAAUUUUGGUGUCACUGAAUACCGUUUUAAUUUAUGGAGAUGUUGGACAGUUAACAUUGGAAGUAACCACGAAUUGUAUAUGCGAAUUUUUAAUUUUUGUGACAUGGAAUUCUUUCAUAAUAUCUGCUUGUGGUCUUUUUAAGAAAGAAUCUAUAAUGCUGGUUAAGCUGUGCUGUAAAUUACAACAUGGACUAGCUCAUAAUUCAAAAGAACGACAGGAAUUGUUACAUUUGGCUCGACAAAUUAACAGAAAAGCACCUAUGGUUUCAGCAGGAGGAUUUUUUACUGUCGAUUUUGGUUUAAUUUUUUCCGUAUUUUCAUAUGUAGGCACAUACAUUGUGGCUCUUAUUCAAUUUAGUCAUAUUGAUUUUUAACAAUAAAUAAGAAAG